UCGUCAGUUCUCUCGCGACUCGCGUCUCCCUUUCGGACUCGAUUCUCCAAGUUUCUUCGUUGUUAGACGCAGUCAAUGCUCGACGCUUUGAGACGCAUGAUCUACGCGAGUGUGCGUCGAUAACGUGAGUCACGUAGUGAAGCGAUAUCAAGGAAAAAACAGUGUCGCGUACGCAACUGUCUGCGGUAGACGAGCCUGAGUCACGUGGAGGCAGCGGUCUUUGGUAAGCCCAAUACGCACGAUGAUUCGAAUGAUUGCGUUACUAGUGGCAGCUGUAAUUGCUGUUUCAGCUACACAAGCGGAAGAGGAAUUGGUGGCAGUCGUUCGUUUAAUGUCAUAUUCUUCCUCGAGAAAUGUCACGGGUAAUUUGAAGAUCGUUCAGAACCCCCGGGAUGGACCGGUUACUAUCACUGGCAAGAUCUAUGGACUCACAGAAGGGCUACAUGGUUUCCAUGUGCACGAGAAGGGAGACGUGAGCAUGGGUUGCAUGUCCGCAGGAGCGCAUUUCAACCCUGAGAACGUCACUCACGGCGCGCCGGAAGACACUGUCAGACAUGUCGGCGAUCUAGGAAACAUCCAGGCCGAUGCUGCGGGAGAAGCAACAAUAAAUAUCACUGACAAUAUCAUCUCGUUGAAAGGAUCGAACAGCAUCGUCGGCCGAGCCAUAGUUGUGCACUCCGGCGAGGACGAUCUUGGCAAGGGCAAUAACUCUCUCUCUUUGACAACUGGAAAUGCUGGCGAUCGUUGGGCCUGUGGUAUCGUUGGCAUCGAGUCGCCGUACGCCAGGUGGAAUUCUGGUUCAUUUACUACGCCGAGCGUAUCGAUCCUCGUGAUAUUCUUCCUCAUCGCCACUUAUCAACAUUUCAAGUUUUAACGAUCCCUCGGGAGCUCCAUGUAAUUUCGUGUCUUGUUCAAAGAUGAGUAAAUUACAUUUGCAUCUGCAUCUUGAGCUAACGAACGGCGAGAGCUGCGAUUAUCAAUUAUUUGUCAACAAUAGCAACAAUCGAGUAAAACAAAAUGAGUAACAAAAUUUUGAACGACGCUUACAGCGUCGCAAAGUAGCGUAAUGUGCGGGCGAUCGGUACGAUAAGUCGACGAGUAGUUCGACUUUGAUUGUAGGUAUUUAUAAUCCGUGAACGUUACACUAUCCGCCCAGAUUGAUACAUCGAAAGACAUCCCAAUAACUUUAACUUAAAUUAAUGAACAACGAAAAUGUUCAUAAUUAAUAUAAUGUUGCGCAAUAUUCGUUUAGAUAUACUUAAUUCAUCAUAAGUCUGAACGAAGAAUUAUUUACUUAUUGUGAAUUUGCAAUAUUGCGUCUACUUAAUUAAUUAAUUAAGAAAUACGUCCAAUAUGAUUGACUUAUAAAUGUUAUUUGUUAUAGGAUAGUCAGUUACACAUUUGUAUCCUUAAUAUAGUGCUUAAAGUUUAAAGCUAAUACUAUGAUUUCUUCGUGUUCGUAAACGCGCACUUAAUUUCGCUGGACAAGUCUAGGCUAAUUAUAUUCAUCGUUUACAACUGUGCUCUUCGAUCUUUUUAAAUAUAGACACGUUAACCGAUUGUAUCACAAACUUGUAUUCUGUGUACGACUUUUUCGACUGACGUCUCUUUACUGUGAAUGCUUUUACAAUGAAGCUAUGUAUGUUUGUUAAAAUAAA